AUGGGUGCAGGAAAAAGUCAGUUUACGGAAGAAGAGCUACAGGAUUACCAGGAUUUAACAUAUUUCACCAAGAAGGAAGUCUUAUACGCACAUCAGAAAUUCAAGGCGCUUGCUCCAGAAAAAGUUGGACACAACAAAAACGCGAAGCUGCCAAUGUCGAAGAUCUUACAGUAUCCUGAAUUGAGAGUGAAUCCUUUCGGCGACAGGAUCUGCAAAGUCUUUAGCUCUAGUCAGGAUGGUGAUUGCACCUUUGAAGAUUUCCUGGACAUGAUGUCUGUGUUUAGCGAUGCUGCUCCGAAAGCUGUGAAGGCUGAGCAUGCAUUUAGAAUAUUUGAUUUUGAUGGCGAUGAUAUGCUCGGUGUGGGAGAUUUACGUCAAGUAGUUGACAGAUUAACUGCACCCCAAAGAUUAAAUGAUAGUGAUAUGCAGCAGCUUCUUCAGUAUAUCCUUGAUGAGGCUGAUUUAGAUGACGAUGGUGCGCUCAGCUUUGCUGAAUUUGAACACAUUAUAGAGAAGAGCAGUGACUUUUCUAAGAGUUUUCGCAUUCGUUUAUAAAUGUAUUAACGAAUAUGCCAAUGAAAGACUGAAUAUUAUAAUUGAAAUUUAAUUAUGACUUGGGCCUAAUUCAAAAGAGAAAAAAUUAUGAUCGACGUUACUGCAGAAUGUGCCAAGAGUCUAUAAUUUGGCCUAAGUCAGAUGAUGAUCUCUUUUAUUUUCAACCGAGCUUAUUUAUAAUAGAAAAAACAGAUGAAACUACGAAACGUUUAGAUCUCUUAAAAUAUCGUAUAAUAUGCCAUAUAAAACUG